AUGACUACAGGAAACUUUCGUUUCUACAUAAAAGUGCGUACUACACUUAAUAUUCAAGCAAGAAUUAUUCAUGAUGAAUUAUAUUCUAUGUAUGGUGAUCACGCUCCCUCUGUCAGAACAGUGGAAAGAUGGUCCAAGCUGUUUCGUGAAGGUCGAGAAGAAACUGAAGAUGAAGCACGACCUGGUAGACCUAUCACUGAAACAAAAUCUGAAAAUAUCGAACAGAUUCACCUUCUUAUCGAUGAUGAUCCUUAUCUUACAAUAGAUGAGUUACAAGAACAAACUGAUUUAACCUAUGGCACAAUUCAUUGA